GCUGCUCGGACCUGCAAGAGGCAUCUUCUAGGUUCGAAGCCCACAGCCUUUUUUGGCUCGAGGGCUGACAUCAGGUCAGAGGCUAGGCGCUCUGAGGGCUUACAUCGCGGAAGGCCCCCCCGCUGCAGGCCAGCGCACCUCAAGCGCAGACAUGGCGAUGCCAGCCGAGUAUGUGGGCAAGGAUAGUUUCUUUGGAGGCACUCCGCCGCUUCCGCAGGCAGCCGGCUACGCGAUCGUCCUUGGCUUCGGCGCCUUCUUCUCGGUGUUAACGACCAUCAUGGUGUACUUGGACAAGACCGCCAACGGCACAGUGAUCACCUCGGAAUUCUUCAACACCGCCGGCAGGAAUGUGAAGACGGGGCUCACAGCGUCGGUCAUCGUAUCGCAGUGGACCUGGGCUGCAACGCUGCUGCAGUCCUCCAACGUGGCCUGGAAUUACGGCGUGUCUGGCCCGUUCUGGUACGCCAGCGGCGCCACCAUCCAGGUGCUCCUGUUCGGCAUCCUCGCCAUCGAGUUGAAGAGGCGGGCGCGGACGUGCCACACGGUGUGCGAGCUUGUGUACGUGCGUUGGGGCAAGGCCGCGCACUUGACCUUCAUCUUCUUCUGCCUGCUCGCCAACGUGAUUGUGACGUCGAUGCUGCUGCUGGGCGGCGCGGCCACCGUGAACGCGCUGACGGGCGUGGACACCGACCUUGCCUCCUUCCUCAUCCCGUGGGGCGUGAUCUUGUACACGGCGGCUGGCGGCCUGAAGGCCACGUUCAUGGCCUCCUAUCUGCACACGGCAGUCAUCUUUUUGGUCCUGGUGGUCUGUGUAUACACCGUGUACGUCAAGGAAUACUCCUCGAAUAUCAUCUACGACAAUCUGCAGGCGAUCUCGGGCAUGAGCACGGCGCAGUGCGAGACUCGCUUCUCUGCGGGUGGGUCAACCUUCUACGAGGCGGGGAGCUACUCGUGCGGCCCGGUGUUAGACAACAACGACGGCUCGUACUUGACAAUGCUCUCGCUGGGCGGCCUCAAAUUCGGUAUCAUCAACAUCGUCGGCAAUUUCGGCACCGUGUUUGUGGACCAAUCCUACUGGCAGUCCGCCAUCGCAGCGAAGCCAGCCAGUGCGCACAAGGGUUACCUGCUGGGCGGGCUGGUGUGGUUCACCAUCCCGUUCGCACUGGCCACCUCUCUGGGUUUGGCUGGUGUGGCGCUCGGCUUGCCCAUCACCGCGGCCGAGGCUGGCUCCGGCCUGGUGCCGCCGGCCACGGCCGUGCACCUCUUCGGUGACUUCGGAGCCGUGAUGAUGGCCACCAUGCUCUUCAUGGCCAUCACGUCCACAGGCUCCGCGGAGGGCAUUGCGGUCUCCUCCUUGAUCUGCUACGACGUGUACCGGCGGUACAUCAACCCGAGCGCAACUGGCGAUCAGAUUCUCAAGAUCUCCCGCGUCGUCAUUGUGGUCUUCGGGCUCGCCAUGGGUGCUCUCGGCGUGGCCCUGAACCACAUGGGCUUGAACCUGGGUUGGGUGUACCAGUUCAUGGGCAACGCCAUCGGCUCCGCGGUGGUGCCCCUGUGGAACGUCCUGAUGUGGAAGGACGCCAACGCCAUGGGCGCCGUUGUUGCCGCGUGGGGUGGCAUGAUUCUCGCGCUGGCCACCUGGCUGAUCAUCUGCCAGGCUGAGUUCGGCGAGAUCACGGUGGACAAUCUCGGCACCCUCAACCCUAACCUGGGGGGCAACAUCGUGGCACUGGGCUCCUCCGCGCUGAUCCACGCGGGCUUCUCCUUCGCCAGCCCGCAGAACUACGAUUUCGAGUCGAUGGGGCAGAUUGAGAUGCUGGAGAACGACCAGUCUGGUCUGGACGAGGCCGACUACACCCCGGAGUUCCUGGCAGAGGCCAAGGCGUGGAUCACAAAGUACGGUUGGGGCUUCACCAUCCUGAUGGUUAUCGUGUGGCCCGUCCUCUCGCUCCCGGCCGGCGUUUUCACCAAGGACUACUGGGCCUUCUGGGUCUUCAUCAGUAUCGCCUGGGCCUUCAUCGCCACCAUUACCAUCAUCGGCCUUCCGCUGUACGAGUCCAGGGAUGCCAUCCUCGGCGUCCUCAUGUUCAUGGCGGGCAAGAAGAAGGCGGAGAAGGCGGAGAAGGCGGAGCCGGCGAAGACCGAUGAGACCAGUUUGUGAGAGGAUGGAACAGGGUAGGGGGGGAGGAGGGAGGAGCGAGGAGCAAUGCAGAGGACGGAGCAGGGAGGAGAGCCACUCUCUUUUGACGUGCCCGCCGUUGUGCGAGCCCCGAGCCGCGCUUCCACGCAGAGCCCCCGCAGACACCGAGCUACCAGGAGGGCACGGCGCCGUCGGAUGAGAGCCUCAGGGUCGCAUGAGCAGGGCCCACGUCGCCGUCGGCAGUCGUAGCUACUGAUUCGGGGUCCGCGCGUGGGGCCGCUAAUUCGGUCGUGCUCGCCCGAUGUGAUGUCGGGCGGAGGGCGUAGAGCGCGCCUCCUGUUGAGCCAGCUAUUCGGGGCUGCCUGCAGCGGGUCGCCGCCGCCCCCCGCGGCCCUUUCGAGGGCGCCUGUGCGGUCACAGAUGAGCCCAACGCUGGGCCAGGGCGGGAGCCCAGAAGUGGACGGCUGUGCAACAUCGAGCUUCCGACGUGAGGAGGGGGAGCCAGAGACUUGCCCCCCGAGCCUCUUGCCGCGGCCAUCGAAAGUGCAGCGAGAUUUCAGAGGGAGCCGGGCCGAUGUCUAGCCCCCCGGUGUUACCGUGGGGGCCAUCCACCUUGCAGCUGGUUGAGGCCAUCUCGGCCACUCUUGUGCCGCCAAGAGCUCAUCGAAGGCAAUUUUUCGGUCAUCGUGCACACCUCGGAGGCCAUCUUGGGCCCUCUGGCGGGCCAUCUUGGGCCGUCUUGAAUGCUCCUCUG